AUGAUUGUAGUGCAAGGAUUCAUUGACUGGGAGAAGUUCAAAAAUGAUCAUCUGGAAGUGCCAAAAGAAUUCUCUAUGUUUGAUGGAUAUCUCUUCGUUGAAGAUAUCAAUCCAAUGUGUUCAAAGGAUGAAUCUUUAUUUCUUCGAAUAUGUUUCUCGAAGAAUCCAACAAGACGUUUUGGAAAACCUGAUGUGUUUCCAACUUCCGAUGGAACACUGUUUCAGUUCAUUGUAGAAGAUAGACUAUUAUCAACAUCCAAUUGUGUUAUUUCGAAAACAUUCGGAAGAUGCACUUCUAAACCAAUGUCAAUAGUAUUCAAACUGCAACAAAAAAGAGAAUCAUCGUCUGAAACAUCUCCUACUACAUCUCAUGCUCCAUGGACAUUACUUGGAAUGAUAUUCGCAUUGUUUAUUUUCGCAUUUCUAAUUUCAAUUUGCAUCUUCUUGUAUUACAAAUCUCGCAACCGUGAAAAUGUUGAAGAAACUGACAUACAUGUGAAAGAUCAUCAGCUGAAAAACAGUCUCCCGAAGCAGGAACUUCAUCUAGACUUCGAUUUCAUUGAUGAUUCAAUUACUUUCGAUAUUUAA